AUGCCCCGUGGGCAUAAGCAUAAGCGCCAGGCCUCUGGAAAACGCCGCCAAGCUAGACAGGAAGCCCCUGCAUCGGAGCGCUCCAGCGAGGUCCCCAGCGAGGUCAUGGCUCAGGCCACCGCUGCAGUAGCAGCGGCGGCCUCAGUGGAGGCAGUGGCGGCACUAGAUGCUGCGGUGACGGCGACCACCAAAGGAAAGGGCACAGCAGCAGCAGCAGAAGCAAAAGCAGAAGUGGCAGUGGCAGCGGCCAUAGUGGCAGCAGCAGCGGCAGUAGCCGCUGCAGAGGUAGCAGAAGCAGCGACCAUGCCACCUGGGGAAGAAGGUGCUGAGAAUGUGGAAGUGAAGCCCCCUUCUGCGAGGGGCUCCCCGGCUCCUGUCCCGGGUCCUCGACGUGGGAGGGGACCCCGGCGCCGCCGCAACCGUCCAGAGCCGGUACGCGCCCCUGUGCUAGAGAGCUUCCAGAGUGCUCAGCCUUUUUUCCUGGCAUCUCUUGCUCAAGAGCGGCCCAGGGUGGCUUUCCGGAGCCCGGCAGCAGAGAGGUUGGGCCUCUUUCAACUCCCACGGCACUUAACCCCCGACAUCUUAGCCAGUAAGGCCGGGUUGCUGGAGCAGUUCCUGAUGUACAGGUUCAAAUCGAAGCAACUCAUUUUGAAGAGCGACAUGCUGGAACUCAUCGGUCCAGAGUACGAAGAUUACUUCAUGGAUAUACUGAAGAAAGCGUCAGAGCGUAUCGAGGUGGCGUUCGCAGUCAAUGUCAAGGAAGUGGAUCCCAUCAUUCACGCCUAUGAUCUUGUGGGCAAGAUCAAGCUCCCCAACAACGGGAGGCUGCGUGCUGGCAAGGGGCUCCCCAAGACCGGCCUCCUGAUGAAUGUCCUGGGAAUGAUCAUGAUGAAGGGCAACAGAGCCAAGGAGGAGGACAUUUGGAAAUUCCUGAGCAUUAUGAAAAUCUAUCCUGGCAGGAAGCACUCCAUCUUUGGAGAGCCCCGGAAGCUCAUUACCAAAGAUCUGGUGAGACUCAACUAUCUGGAGUAUCGCCAGAUAGCUGGCAGUGAUCCUCCCAGAUACGAGUUCCUCUGGGGCCCCAAAGCUCAUGCUGAAACCACCAGAAAGCAAGUCAUGGAGUUUUUGGCCAAGAUAAAUGAAACAACCACAAGCGCUUUCCUGACCCAGUAUGAAGAAGCUAUGAAAGAAGAACAAGAAAAUUAUGAAGAUGCAGCUGAAGCAGACAACAGUCAAGACCAAGAUCUCCUCAUGCAAAGAAGUACCUGUCCAUCUCUACCGAAGUGA